CCUCGAAAGAGCAUCUGAGCAGCAGCGGGAAAUAGUUGAACAGAACAUUACAGAGACCAUCUCUCUGCAAACUCAAACUCAGGACGCGGAGAUUGAACCUGAACCUGUCGCCAGGACCACGCGUCCCACUGUACGAUUCAGAGGACGGAGGGGUAUUCAUCGAGUGAGAUAUGUCAGGGAGAGGCCUGAACCCGUCAGAGAUGCUGUACUGAGGGGCAAUCGCCGAGCCCAGAGAGUGAGAGAUCCGGAAAGCAAGGUGGAGAUCCUCCAAAAGCUGCUGACAAUUGUGCAGACAAUUCUUCAAAUGUAAAAGUUGUAAGGUGUUAGCUGUGACAUUUUGUUUUAUUUUAUUUUAUUUUAUUUUUAAUCACAUGCAAAAUGGAGCCUGACCAGUCUUGUAUAAUUCCCAUACAAUUAGUUAUUGCUGUAGACGAUGUAAACGGGGAUCCACUGCGUUUUGUAACACCAGCGCUUGCUGAAGCCAUCCAAGAGUUAAAUCAUAAUAAUCCCCACCCAGACAAUCGUCCUGAUCAACCUCAUUUAAAUAACGGCAGCACAGAGACAGCACAACCAGAGCCUGCGAGUGAUUACUUUCAGCCGUUAGAAAGGGCCUUACAAGAGCUUGAUAAUCAUAACCAUAAUGACAUUCAACCGGUAGAAAAUACCUUAUUACAAGAGAUUGAGAACCAUGACAUUCCCCCGUUAGAAAACCCCUUACCGCCAAUAGACCCCCAUGACAUUCAGUCGAGGAGACGCGAUCGCUUUGGGAAUUUGGAAUUCCGUCAGACCUUUAAAGUACCUCCCAUAGCGAACGUCGGGGAUUUGGCGCAAUUUUAUGAAGAUGUUUUGAAUCAUUUUAACGCCUUAGCUGAGAGAGUGAGACCUGAGGUUAGACCUAAUGACCUCGUACAGGUUGAAAUAAUAGCGGAAAAUGCACAGGAACACGAUAUCAUUCAAGUCGGUGAUACGGGCGUUGACUUUCAGAACGUUUUUGAAGGGUUACUGGAGAGAUUGAUACAAUCUAACAGAGAGCUAGACGCUGACUCACCACUGGAAGUAGUCAUUCAAGUUGUCAAAAAUCCUAGGGGCGGUGCUGGUGAUAAGCGAAAACUUAAAAAAACUCUGGUCAGCGAGAUCGUUAAUAAGAAAAAAAAACACUUGCAUGUAGUGCCCAACGUAAACAAUAAACUAUGCUUUACCAUCAGCUUGGCUCUGCUCAUCAACACCGACUUCACCUACAUACAAGCCGUCGAGCACGCUAGAGAGCUUCAUCAUUUAGCGGGUCUGACCGAAGCCACCGCAGUAGCUUUCAGUCACAUCAAUAAAUUUGAACAGAUAGUAAACCGGAAAAUUGUAGUCUUUUACAGAGACGCAGAGGACCGCGCUCUCUCGCAUUUUGAAACACAAUACCCCAAAGUCCAUGACCAACCUCAUGAUAUCUGCCCAAUGACAGGGAUCGCCUUUGAGGAAAUGCAUUCGGCUAGCCAGGAGAAGCUGCAUCAGUUGAGGUCCACGCAUGGACUGCAUACAGAGGUGAUGACGGAGCAUGCGUGGACUCUGAUGAAAAAAACACACGCGGGGGUGCGAGAGUUUAUGAAGAAAUAUGAUCCACCUGAACCUCUGGCUCCUCGAGCCGCACUGUACGGGGGGCGGACCAGCGCGCUGAGGCUACGAGCUCUGACCGGAGUUUGGGUCAGUGCAGAGCUGCACAAAGCGGUACAGAUGGGUUACAAGGUGUCGAAACUUUCUGAGGUCUGGCACUUUGAGGCACAGAGCAGCAAUCUUUUUGUCGAGUACAUUCACACCUUUUUGAAGGGUAAACAGGAAGCUUCAGGGUUUCCGGCGGAGGCCGUGGACGAUGAGAAACGUUACAGAGUGCGCACGGGGAUACUUCCCCACCAGCAGACGACGGUUUACAUCGCUAAAACAAAAUAG